UUUUUAGCGGGAGGUGAUCCUCCGCGCCGGCCUCGCUGCCAUAGGUAGAUCCGGUAUAGCGGUUAGAGAGUGAGGCAGAUGGGUCCUCAGUUCAUGGCGAAUUUUAGAUAAAAACAAGAAUUAAAGCCUUUAUUUCGACGGCUUUUACUCAGGUAAGUUAAAGAUGCCUCUCCACGGUAAGAUCGUGGUGAUAAAAAGAAAUGGUGCAGAUGGAGUUGAGUUCCCCCUCACAGCCUCCUGUCUGUUUGGAAGGAAGCCAGAAUGUGAUAUCAGGAUUCAGCUUCCACAAGUUUCUAAAGAGCACUGCAAGAUUGAGCUGAAUGAAAACAAAGAGCUUAUUUUGACAAACUUGAGCUCUGUGAACCCAACUUGCAUCAACGGAGAGAAACUACAGCAGUCUGAACGUUUGAAGCAUGGAGAUCUAAUCACAAUUAUUGAUCGCUCUUUCAGGUUUGAGUACCCACCUCCACCGACUCCAAAGAAAAAGAGAUUGUCUUCAGCUGACAAAGGAGAAGCCGUCAAGGUGCUACAAAACCAACAGGUGAGAACCACCCCUGGACCUACAGACAAGAAGAUAUCUGAACACCCAUCAGAUACUUGUUUGAAAGAUGGCUCCAACCUUCCUACCCCUCUGGAUCAGAGCAUUGAGGCUUCAAAAGGAGAUGGUAAUCUGCAGAAGAAACAAAAGACAGACAACAUGUCUCCUUUCUCUGAGCUCUACCAAAUGGUCAAAAAGGACUUGGCUUCCAAAUCACCAUGGAAAGGUGCAGAUCCCCCUAAGUCACCUCUAGCAAGACCUCAGGUUGACCAGCAAGAACCUAGAAAGGUUUUGGAAUCCAGUGAUUUAUCUAAUGAGAACAAGAAACCUGUGACUCCUCAAUCAGCGAAGAAGAAGCGAAGAUCUUCAAAUGUCAAGGCCAUGGACCACAGUGAAUCUGUGUCAUUAGAAGACUCCAUCAGUGCAUGUCCGAUGGAUGUCUCCUCUGUAGACACAGAGGCAACUAUGCCAGUUAAGGAUACUCCUGCAAAACAGAAAAGGAGUUCAGCAGCAUCAAUCAACAGCACUUCAUUGGAGGGCAGUUCUACACCUGUCUCCCGGAAGAAAACUCCUCAGGCAACACCCCAGAAGUUUAGUGCAGAUGAGGUGGCACAGCAAAUCCUGUUAGAGCAGUCUUGCAAAACACCCAAGUCUCCCAAAAGCAGAAGAAGUGCAGGAUCUCAGUCACAGAGCCCAGCAGUAACUCCACAAAAACAGGCUGCUACUCAGCCUUCCACGGGUCCCAAGACCCCAAUUGCAAACCAUUCCCAGACACCCACCAGAGAGUCUGAAGAAUCUGAAGCAAAGCAGAGCCCCAGGACCUCUCCCAGAGCAAAUGCAGGAAAGAGGUUCCAAGUUCAAGAUGUGUUGCGGGACAUUGUGGCCACCCCUGCUACUGAGGACAACGGCAGGAACAAGGCUUCCAGUAAGAAGCAUAAAUGUGAUGACUUGCCCCUUCCUGUGCCCAAGAGAAAGCGGGUGUCCUUUGGCAAUCAGCUGAGCCCUGAGUUGUUUGACAAACGUUUGCCACCCAACUCCCCACUCCGACGAGGAGCAACCCCUGGAAGGCGCAGCCUGGGUUUCUCUCAGAAACCUCAGUCUCUCCUCAGACGGGCAUCCACUAUUGGCCUAAUGGCUUUCCAUCUCACUGAGACUGUUCCUGAGAGUCCAACUAAGAAUGCAUCACCUAAACGAGCAUCUUCUCCUGGUAAAAGUCCUAAGGUUCAAACAAUGAAGACUUCUUCACCAGCAAAAACCCCAUCUCCAAAAAAGCAACCAACCAAACCCAAAACCCCUACACCAGCCAAGUCGUCCUCCAGCCCAAAAGCAAAAACACCAUCUCCCAAAACCCCUACACCAGCCAAGUCAGCCUCCAGCCCAAAGGCAAAAACACCAUCUCCCAAAACCCCUACACCAGCCAAGUCGUCCUCCAGCCCAAAGGCAAAAACACCAUCUCCCAAAACCCCUACGCCAGCCAAGUCGUCCUCCAGCCCAAAGGCAAAAACACCAUCUCCCAAAACCCCUACGCCAGCCAAGUCGUCCUCCAGCCCAAAGGCAAAAACACCAUCUCCCAAAACCCCUACGCCAGCCACGUCGUCCUCCAGCCCAAAAGCAAAAACACCAUCUCCCAAAACCCCUACGCCAGCCAAGUCGUCCUCCAGCCCAAAGGCUAAAACUCCAUCUCCAAAAAGACAACCCAAGACCCCUCAGCUUUCUGGAAGAAUCUCCAGUACUUCAGUUAAGACACCAUUGCGAAGUGGUGGGUCAGCUAUCCAGACACCCACAACACAAGGGCGCUUUUCCAUUACAAGGAUUGCUACCCCAUCUCCAGAGGCAAAAGCAGAAUCAGUCUCUGUUGAGGUUUCUAGGGAGUAUGCAACACCGAAGAUUUCUCGGAGGAGCAGUAUGAAGGCAUCAGCUCGAAAGACCCCCAAGAGUGCACUGAAGAGUGCAUUUGAGGUUAUGCGCUCACGACGUAGUGGUGCUUCACGUGCCAAUUUGAAAGUUGUCCGUUCCUGGGCAGACAUUGUGAAGUUUGGGCAGGUUAAACCUCAGCUGGAGUGUGGUGCUAAGAAAGCUGUAACCAAGAAAAUGCCUGCUAAGGACACACAAGCUGCAAAACCCAAGACCCCUGCACGCAGAUUGAAAGAAGAUACCAGCACUGGACAUGCAGAGUCUCCUGCCACCAUUGUUGUAGGAAAGGCCUAUGUUAGGGCUGCUCAGCGUGUGGGUGCUGCACCUAAAGUAGUGCACAACAUCGCUCUGUUCAAGAAAGAUAUGAAAAUGGACGAGGAUCUUACAGGAGUUGCAGAUAUAUUCAAAACCCCGGCUAGACGCAAGAGCAAAAGAGGUGUUGACUGUAAUGACCCCCCAGAAACCCCUCUUUCUGGUAGUUCUUUGACUGAAAUGUCUGUGAUGAACACUCCGGAGGAAUCUGGUGAAAUGCUCGUGUCUCCCAUGAGUGUUGCUCGUACUACUGAUCUGGGGUAUUACAACAGUGAAGCUGUAACUCGACUGCUCCAGGACAACCAGGGUGCCGAUUUGGAUGGUUCUCAAGUAAAUGACCCCAAGAAUGAGGUUGCAGAGCCUCAGACAGUGGUCGAAACACCACGUCUAGAGCCAGCACCAUCUGAAUGCCUGACUGGAAUCAAGAAGCUUAUGAGAACUCCCAAGCAAAAAGCUGAACCUAUACAUGACCUGAGAGGGAAGUUACUGAAGACACCCAAGGAGCCAAAACAAACACUGGAAGAAAAUUAUGAAGGUGUUAAAGAGCUUCUUAAAACACCCAAACAAAAGGGAACCCCUGUGAAAGACCUGGCUGGGUUAAAGCGGUUAAUGAGAACUCCGGAAGUGACUAGCAGUCCAGUUUUAUGUGCUACAGGCCUAAAGAAUCUUAUGAAGACUCCCAAGGACAGUACAGAACAAGAGGAUGACCUUACUGGAGUAAAACAGUUAAUGAAGACCCCCAGAUUAAAGGGAGCACCAGUAGAAAAUGCAUUUGGAGUGAAGAGAUUAAUGAAGACCCCCAAACAAAAAGGAAAGCCUGUGGAAGAAGACCUGACCGGCAUUCAGCAGAUGAUGAAGACUCCCAAACAGAAGAGUACACCUGUUGAAGACCUGACCGGCAUUCAGCAGAUGAUGAAGACUCCUAAGCAGAUGAGUACACCUGUUGUGGAGGCCCUGGCUGUUGUUGCAGAGCAAGACCAUGAUCUUUUUGAAGUAAAACAGUUAGUGAAGACCCCCAGAUUAAAGGGAGCACCAGUAGAAAAUGCAUUUGGAUUGAAGAGAUUAAUGAAGACCCCCAAACAAAAAGGAAAGCCUGUGGAAGAAGACCUGACCGGCAUUCAGCAGAUGAUGAAGACUCCCAAACAGAUGAGUACACCUGUUGAAGACCUGACCGGCAUUCAGCAGAUGAUGAAGACUCCUAAGCAGAUGAGUACACCUGUUGUGGAGGCCCUGGCUGUUGUUGCAGAGCAAGACCAUGAUCUUUCUGAAGUAAAACAGUUAGUGAAGACCCCCAGAUUAAAGGGAGCACCAGUAGAAAAUGCAUUUGGAUUGAAGAGAUUAAUGAAGACCCCCAAACCAAAAGGAAAGCCUGUGGAAGAAGACCUGACUGGCAUUCAGCAGAUGAUGAAGACUCCGAAACAGCAGAGUACACCUGUUGAAGAUCUGACUGGUGUAAAGAGGUUGCUUCGGACGCCAAAAGAGAAACGGGAGCCUGUUGAAAAUGGCAAACAGCGAGGAGCUGAAGUGGUGGAGGAUUUCACUGGACUUGCAGAGCUUGUUCAAGAACCUAUUGUUGAUGCUGAGAUUGCAGAAAGUGACCAAAUUGAAUCAGCUGAGAUGGAUGCUCCUGUGACUUCUGCAACUACUGAAGAUGCCACUGAAGAAUCUGAAGACAAAGAAAACAUCUGUCCUGUUGAGAGCAUGAACAAUAAAAUCGAAGCAGCUGUUUCUAUCCAGAACAUUCCCCUGGGCAAAGAAGCAACAUUCACUCCUGGAAGAAAAUCUGGACAAGAGAAAGCAGAGUUUACCUCAGGUGAAGUGGCAUUGUGUAGUGAUGUCCAAGAAUGUGCUCCUGAAGCUGUUGUGGAAGCUGCUUCUUGUUUGCCUACUCUUGAAGGAGAGGAAAAAGCUGAAUUGACCUCAUCUCCUAAAAAGCCGCGUGGUCGUCGUGCAAAAGCUGCACAGGACUCUUUGGAGAAAAAUGAGCAUGCUCCAACUGUGGAGGCUGUUCCUCCAGUCUCUGCCCCCAUGAAAGGUAGGAGAGGCAAGGUGUUCAUUGAAUUACAUGAGCCUGUCUCCGUGCCAAGUCCUGUUAGAAAAUCUGCUAGAGGAAGAACUCCAAAGACCCAGUCAGAGGACAAGGAGGCUAAUCAAGCACAGGCUGUGGAAACAUCUCAAGAUGUUGAGCAAAUGCCUGAGUGCCCACCUCCAACAGUUAAACCCAAGAGAGGAAGGAAGGCUGAACAAAAUGCUGUUGAGGUAGAGGCAGUAAAUACUGUUGCUGAUUUAGAAGCUACCAAAUCUUUAGUAGAAGCAGUCCCUGUAAAAGCUAAAAGGGGACGAGGAGCUAAGCCUGAAGUCGAGAACCCACUUGUCAUUUCUGCCUCACAAGAAGUACAAGAACUCAGUUUGCCCAAAGAUGCAGAUGAAAAUAUAAAUGUUGUUGUGGAAUUGGCAGCACCUGAACCUUUAGUAAAGCCCAAGGUCUCUGCUGCAAAAGUUAAAAGGGGGAGAAGAGCAAAACAGGAGCUGGAGAAUCCACCAAUUAUCCCUGUGUCACAUGAGCUGGCUGCACCUGAAGUUACUGUUGAGGAGAAGGAUAUUGCAAUGGUAAAUACUGUUGCUGAAUCUGAAGCUACUGAAACUUCUGCAAUUCCAGAGGUCUCCUUGAAGUCGCCAGUCCCUGUUGUGAAGGCUAAAAGGGGACGAAGAGCUAAACAGGAACUAGAGAAUCCACCAGUUGUGCCUGAAGUUGCAGUUGAGGAAAAGGAUGUUGUUGCUGAAUCAGAACCUUCUGUGAUCCCAGAGGUCUCCUUAAUGUCACCAAUCCCUGCAGUCAAAGCUAAAAGAGGACGAAGAGCUAAACAGGACCUGGAGAAUCCACCUGUCCUAGCUGUUGCACAUGAGCUGACUGUGCCUGAAACUGCAGUUGAGAAUGAAUCUGUUCCACCAGAGAGUGUUGAGCUUCAGACUUCUGUCGAAACUGAUGUUGUUAAAACUAGUGCAAGAACACGGAGAGGUAGGACAACAAAGAAGGAAACUGCUGAACCCUCUUCAACUGCAGUGGAGGUAGAUGUUACAAGUUCUGAUUCUCUAGUGGUGGCUGAUGAACUACCACAAAUGCAUGUGGUGAAGCCAGGACGUGGAAGGAGAGCCCCUCUAAAGGCUCAGCCAAGGGAGGAUGCUGAUGACCAACCAGCUGCUGCAGAAACAAGUCCAGCAGUCACAGAGACUGAGGAACAUGUGGAAACUGUGGUGAAAAAUGUCAGAGGAUCAAAGAGGACAAAGCAGCCAAAAUCAUCUCAGGUUUUAGAAGAUGCUCAGGAAAAGGUUGAAGAUCAUUCUGAAGUUGACCACGAUGCUGAUAAACAAACUGAGGCACCGGUCAAUAAAUCAGUGCGAGGAAAAAGAACUGCUGUUAUCAGGGAUGAACCAGAAGGUCUAGUUAAAAGAGGACGACGUGGUGCUGCUGCUUCUUCUGCUGAAGUGCCAAAACCUGUUGGCAAGCCUACUCGUGGCAGAAGAGCUGCUUUAAAAACUGAGCAAAAAGUUUCAGAAGUUGCCACUGCAGUUGAUGAACCAGUCAAAGAGGCCAGUAAUCUACCAGAGCCCAAGUCUGAUGACCUUGCAACUUCCCAAGCAAGUUCUGAGGAAACUGUGUGUGAUGUUGAGACCAGCGAGGCACCAGCUAAGCGAGGAAGAGGGAGAUAUGCCAAAAAAGGAAAGGUUGUAGCCAAAGGUACUUCUGUCAAAGCAGAUGACACUUCAGCCACUGAGGAAGCUGAUGUGGAAAAUAAAAAGAAAGCCUCCAGGAAGGCAGUCAGUUGGAAUUCUGAUCUGGUGGCCUCAAAGAACAUUGAGACCGUGGAGCCUCCAGCAGCUGAAGAUGUGCCUCAGCAGAAGUCCUCCAGAAAGAAAGCUGAACCUGCAGCUAAGGCUUCUACUGAUGAUGUACCCGUCUCUGACACCAAGCAGUCUGCAGAACCGCCAGCCAAAGGCCGCAAAGGUAGAAUGGUUAAAAAGCCAGAAGAACAACCUGCAGAAAAGUCUGAGCCAGCUCCUGUAGAAAAUGUGCCAGCGGUCAGGAGAGGAAGAGCAGGCGCUUCAUUAGACUCCAAGCAAGAUGAAGUGGCAGCUGUUCUUAAAAGGGGAAGCAAAAGAAAAGAGCUUGAUGUUUCUGAUGAAGCAACCACACUGGAGUCAUUGUCCAAGAGAAGGAAAGGCCAAGCUGAUGGUGCUGAAGCUCAGAAAGAAGUGGCUGUAGUUGGCAGAGGAAGAAGGGCAGCUGCUAAGGAGGCCAUAGAAGAAACCCCUGAGGUUGAAAAGGAACAAAGUGAAUCUGCAUCAAAAAAUUCUGACAACAAACCUGUAAGGGGCAAACGAAAGGCAGCUCAGGAAGUAGAUUCCAUCUCUGCAACAUCUGAAGAGCCCGUCUCAGAAACCUCCAGUCGACGAGGAGCCAGAGUCCAGAAGAAAACUGAGAUUGAGGUUUCUUCAGCUCCUGUGCGGCGAACAAGGAGAAAAUGAUCUGCUGGUGUUGAUCAGUUGUAAAUAUUCAAAAGCAAGAAUCAGUUUUUUAUAUAUCAGGACCCAUCAAUUAUGAUAGCACUCUCUCUUUGUUCAUUAAUAUGUUUUUAUUGUUAAACAGUGUUUUAUUGUUUUUAAAAAGACGUGAAUAUAAUUUUUCAAAAUAUUCAUUUUUUAGGGUUUAAAGGACUGGAAAAUGUAUGCCCUUUUUGGUCAGUAAAACCUUGCUGUUUUUCUACUUUUGCUUGAUGAUUCAAAGUGACCAUAUUCUAUGCUAUAGGUUUUAGGUUGUGUCCGGUGUUUGUUAAAAGAAAAAAUAAACAAUUUGUGGGUUAGUAAACAAUUGUUCUUCCGAAUUGUCACCAAACUUUACUCUUAAAAAUGUCUUAAUGCAUCUUAAUCUUUUGAUUUAAUCUUUGGAGAACAAGGUUUACAUCAAUAAAAUCCAUCUCAAUCCCUCA